AUGGCAGAAGCUAAGACUCACUGGCUUGGAGCAGCCCUCUCUCUCAUCCCUUUAAUUUUCCUCCUCUCUGAGGCCGAAGCAGCUUCAUUUCAGAGAAACCAGCUGCUUCAGAAGGAACCAGAUAUCAAAUUGGAAAACGUCCAAAGGUUUCCCAGUCCUGAAAUGAUCAGGGCUUUGGAGUACAUAGAAAAGCUCCGACAACAAGCUCACAAAGAAGAAAGCAGCCUAGACUACAAUCCCUACCAAGGUGUCUCUGUUCCCCUUCAGCAAAAAGAAAAUGGUGACUUGCCAGAAAGUUCAAGGGAUUCCCUGAGUGAAGAUGAAUGGAUGAAGAUAAUACUUGAAGCUUUGAGACAGGCUGAAAAUGAGCCCCAGUCUGCACCAAAAGAAAUCAAGCCCUAUACCUUGAAUUCAGAAAAGAACUUCCCAAUGGACAUGCCUGAUGAUUAUGAGACUCAACAGUGGCCGGAGAGAAAGCUCAAGCACAUGAGAUUCCCUCCUAUAUAUGAAGAGAAUUCCAGGGACAACCCCUUUAAACGCACAAAUGAAAUAGUAGAGGAACAAUAUACUCCUCAAAGCCUUGCUACAUUGGAAUCUGUCUUCCAAGAGCUGGGGAAACUGACGGGACCAAACAACCAGAAGCGUGAGAGGGUUGAUGAGGAGCAAAAACUUUACACAGAUGAUGAAGAUGAUAUCUACAAGGCUAAUAACAUUGCCUAUGAAGACGUGGUUGGGGGAGAAGAUUGGAACCCAGUAGAGGAAAAAAUAGAGAGUCAAACCCAGGAAGAGGUAAGAGACAGCAAAGAGAAUAUAGAAAAAAAUGAACAAACCAAUGAUGAAAUGAAGCGUUCAGGGCAGCUGGGCCUCCAGGAUGAAGAUUUCCAGAAAGAGAGUAAAGACCAACUCUCAGAUGAUGUCUCCAAAGUAAUUGCCUAUCUGAAAAGGUUAGUGAAUGCUGCGGGAAGUGGGAGGUCACAGAAUGGGCAAAACGGGGAAAGAGCAACCAGGCUUUUUGAGAAACCACUUGAUUCUCAAUCUAUUUAUCAGCUGAUUGAAAUCUCAAGGAAUUUACAAAUACCCCCUGAAGACUUAAUUGACAUGCUCAAAACUGGAGAGAAGCCAAAUGUAUCAGUGGAACCAGAGCAGGAGCUUGAAAUUCCCUUUGACCCUGAAGACAUCUCAGAGGUUGACUUAGACCAUCCAGAUCUGUUCCAAAAUAAGAUGCUCUCAAAGAAUGGCUACCCCAAAACACCUGGUCGUGCUGUGGCAGAGGCUCUACCAGAUGGGCUGAGUGUUGAGGACAUUUUAAAUCUUUUAGGGAUGGAAAAUGCAGCAAAUCAAAAGCCUCCAUAUUUUCCCAAUCAGUAUAACCGAGAGAAGGUUCUGUCAAGACUCCCCUAUGGUCCUGGAAGGUCUAAAGCAAACCAACUUCCCAAAGCUGUCUGGAUGCCAGAUGUUGAAAACAGACAAAUGGCAUAUGAAAACCUGAAUGACAAGGAUCAAGAAUUAGGAGAGUACUUGGCCAAGAUGCUAGUUAAAUACCCUGAGAUCAUGAAUUCAAACCAAGUGAAGCGAGUUCCCAGUCAAGGCUCAUCUGAAGAUGAUCUACAGGAAGAGAACCAAAUCGAACAGGCCCUCAAAGAGCGUUUGAAUAAACACAGCUCUCAGGAGACUGACAAACUGGCCUCGGUAAGCAAAAGGCUCCCUGUGGGGUCCCCGAAGAGUGACGAUACCCCCAACAGACAGUACUUGGAUGAAGAUCUGUUAAUGAAAGUGCUGGAAUACCUCAACCAAGAAAAGGCAGAAAAGGGAAGGGAGCAUAUUGCUAAGAGAGCAAUGGAAAAUAUGUAA